AUGGUGCCGAUUUUGCGAGCAUCGUCCUUGUUUCUGUUCUUCUCUUCGGCAUGGUCCUUCACGCCCUGCCCGCUCCUCGGACCCUCUUUUCCGCCCUUCACGCUAGAUCCCAGUGACAAGGUCGUGGGAUCGGCACUCAAGAACCUGACGGCAAGAUUCGACAACUUGACCAAGUCAUCGACGGGUUCGCACGGCGACAUCUCGCCCAAGACCACCUUCAGCAUUGCGCUGUUCUCCUCGGACGAUGGCAGCGCUGAGGACAAGCCGUUCUUCUGGGACUACCACCACACGGCACCCGCCCUGAAGGAGAAGUCUUCCUCCUCGAACAAGGUCGUCCGCAACACCACCGACGACAGCAUCUACCGCAUCGGUGGGCUCACCCAUGUCUUUACGCUGUGGAGUCUGUUGAACCAGACCGCGGACCAGCAUAUCUUCGAUGAUCCUGUUUCCAAGCAUCUUCCAGAAUUGGUCAACAAGGACUCGGCUAAGGAUGAUGUUAUUGGUCAUGUGCAGUGGGAGGAUAUCACUGUCGGCCAGCUGGCGAGCCAUAUGGCUGGAGUGGCUCGGGACUAUUGCUCGAGCGACCUGACCUCACAGAAGAAUGCCCCCAAGGCCGGUCUGCCGCCUCGUCAGGCCUAUUCUCUGCCGUGCUGUGGAGAGAACUCCAAGUGCAGCACCAGCGACUUCCUCAAACAUAUCUCUGGCCGCAUGCCCGUCGUGGCUCCCGGCGCCUCACCCAGCUACUCCAACCUGGCGUUCCAGCUGCUGGGGUACAUUGUGGAGAAACAGGCGAAGAAGCCAUUCAACGAGGUUCUGGAGGCUGAUAUCUUCAAGGCUUUGAAACUGCAUGAAACCUCCGUCUUUGCCCCCAAGGACUCUUCCAAGGGCAUCAUCCCCGUCAGCAAGGAAGCCAGUGGCUGGUCGACGCGGUUUGGCGGAGACGAAGCAUCGAUCUCGAUGUUCUCCAGCGUCAAGGACAUGGCCAUCGCCGGCAAAGCCAUCCUCAACUCAGAGCUCCUCUCGCAGACCCAGACCAACCGCUGGCUGAAACCAGCCACCUUCACCUCCAACCCCGCCAACACAGUCGGCUACCCCUGGGUUAUCUACACCGACAGCCGCGCCUACCCCCAGGGCCCCAUCAUCAACACGUACACGGUGCUCAGCAACGAGGGCGACCACGAGAGCCUGUACAGCUCGUACCUGGGGCUAGUACCAGACUACGGAGUCGGAUUUAUCAUCCUGUCCGCGGACACCAAAAAGCCCGCCGACCUGAACGCACACGCCGACAUCAUCGGCGACGAGUUGCUCGAGGCCCUGAUCAAGUCGUCGCUGCUGCAGGCGACUGAGAACUUCCGCGGCGGGUACGCUGCGUCCAACAAGCACCUCAAUUCGUCGAUUUCUGUCAAGUCCGAUAAAUUGCCUGGUCUGUUUGUUGAGGACAUUAUUAGCAAUGGUACCAACUUCCGGGAUACCCUUGCUCAGCUUACUGGCGUCAAGAAGUCCAAGGAUCUGAGUAUCCGUCUGUAUCCGACCCAGUUGGUUGAGAAGACUACUAAGGGCUCGAAGCAGGCGUUCCGCGCUGUUCUUCAGGACAAGACGGAGUCGGCUGAUGGUGGUACUCCUACUUGUGUGUCGUGGUUGGACCUCGAUAAGUUCCAGUAUGCUGGGCGCGGGCUCGACGAGUUCAUCUUCACUUUGGAUAAGACGGGACAUGCUGUGAGCGUGGAGAUUCCGGCUUUGCAGGUGAUUCUGGACAAGAAGAAAUAA